UUGCAGUCUCACCUGACGUCGACGAACCUUGUUCCGCAAGCAGGGCGAGGAGUGCUGCGACUGGUCAAAUCCGUGAGGUGUCAUCUACGGUCGGUCAUAGUCUUGGAAAAGUGUGGUUCGUAUUUUGCCGGGAAGCGAGUAUAGAGCGCGAGAACGAUGGGAUUGCUGUAUGGAAUUGGGAUCCGGCUCAUGAACUUUGCCAUCUUCUUCCUGAUAAUUGUGCUGCUGCCCGGGCUUCCGCCCAAAACCCAUUUUCCGUUCACGGAGUUCGAAAUUACACCCUCGAAGGAGUUGCGUGGUCCACUUGAGCUGAACAAUCAUCUAGAUAAUGGAGAACGUCUUCUUGAUGGUAGAGUGUACGGUCCUGAGUGCCUACUUGCACGAAAGAAUGAAAUCUUUACAACAAUCCAUGGAGGCGAAAUUAUCAAAAUUACUGCAGAUCACAUUACACAUGUAGCAAAAUUCGGCCAACCAUGCGAAGCAAUCUAUGAAGAACAAAAGUGUGGACGUCCCCUUGGUAUGGAUUUCGACACUAUUGGCAAUAACCUGAUUGUAGCCGAUGCGUACUAUGGAAUUUGGCAAGUGGACAUUACAAACGGUAAAAAGAAGCUUCUGAUUUCGCCAAAUCAAGAACUUGAUGGCAAAAUUAAGAGGAAGGCAAAGAUCUUCAAUUCCGUCGCCGUUGACAAGAAGGGUGAUUUUUACUGGACUGAUAGCAGUUCAGAUUUCACCCUAGAGGAUGGUUUCUAUACGAUGAUGGCCAAUCCUUCGGGAAGAUUGUUCUUCUAUGAUCGGAAAAAGAAUGAAAGUAAGUUGUUACUAGAUGAAAUCUUCUUCGCCAAUGGAAUCGCUUUGAGUCCCAACGAAGACUUCAUUGUGAUUGCCGAGACAGGAGGGUCGCGGUUGUUGAAGUACUAUCUGCAGGGUCCAAAGAAAGGAAAGCAUGAAAUAUUUGUUGACGGAUUACCAGGAUCUCCAGAUAAUCUAACUCCGGAUGCAGAUGGUCUAUGGGUCCCACUUGUUAUCGCCCGUGAUGCUGAUCAUCCAGCCAUUUACCAAUCACUGUCACGAUUCCCUGUUAUUAGGUUAUUUAUUCUCCGAUUUUUGGCGUUAUUGGAGCUUCCAUUCCGACUAGUCAAUAAUGCAUUCCCGAACACUUACACCCAAAAAGUCCUGCAUUAUAUUGGGCACUUUGAAACUACACGUGCAUUAAUCCCGAAAAGAACAACAAUCUUAAGAGUAGAUUGGAGCGGAAAUAUCAUUGGAUCCCUGCAUGGCUUCGAUAAAUCAGUACAUUCUGUCUCUCACGUCUUAGAAUUGGGAGAGCAUUUGUAUUUGGGUUCGCCAUUCAAUAAUUAUCUGGGAAGAGUCAAGUUGCCACGUGGACCUCAAAUUAAGAUUCGUAACGUUAGAUACGAAGGUGUGGAACCUGUUGUUAGUGGCAAAGCUAAACCGAAAGAAGUCCCUACUACUACUACACCAAAACCAACCACGACUCCACCACCUACGACUACCACCCCAAAGCCAACUACAACAACACCUAAACCAACAACAACUACGACAACGCCUAAGCCAACCACAACAACACCAAAACCAACAACUACCACUCCAAAACCCACAACAGCGAAGCCUACCACUACGGCGGCUCCGAAAACUACAGCAAAACCUACCACUACUACCCCGAAGCCAACAACAGCGUCUCCUACGCAAUCAACUGCUCAAAAAAUAAAAGAAUCACAACCUUCUGCCGGUGCAAAGGAUACACGCAUCCCUCCCAAAGACCCCGCUCCGGUUGAAGAGAAAAUCGCAGACAGUGAGCCUCCGAAGCAGCCCAAGUUGAAGGUUAUCAAAAAGGGUGGAGCGCAAGGAGAAUUAUAAGGUGAUUUCGAGUUGUGCGGGAUUCUUUUCGGGAUUACAAUCAAAGUAUAUAAGCAGCUAUGAUCUAUUUGGCAUUUGACUAAAUUUGUUUUAAAACAAAAAAGGACGGAUAUCGAAGGGAUCUUAUUUUUCAAGCCAUAAUCUUUCGGUUGCUCAAAGAAUAAGAGCUACCUUCAUACACACAACCGCAUUUCCUAAAUAUUAGCUUUGUAUACAAAGUUGUAGCUUUUAUAUUAGACUGCCGUCAACGAAUUUUAUAGUUUUGCACAAAAUACCUAACAUCAUAGAAGUUACUAGUCUUGGUUAGCAAUUAUAAUUGCAAUUUGUCUUCACUUGGUUAACUUUUCAACAGCAAUCGAAAAGACUUGAAAUGUUCAAGAGCGCAUAGCGCUGACUGCUUCUGAUAAAACUAGUGUUCUUGUUGCACCCUUGUGAUUCUCGAAAGAAAUUGUUCAUUCCAAUCAAAUACGAUUUCCAAUCUUUUUUAAAUGUCGGGUGAGAAUGUCUUAGCGUUAAGUUUAGUGUGAUUCUUCUACGUUUUUUUUUCUACAUUUUGAAUUAAUUUAGAUUAAAAAUAUAAACAUUCUAAGAAGAACAUAUUGCAAUAAUGUAUAACAAUGAUCAUUCCAAGGGGUUUAUAACUAAAUGAAACGAUGUAAGAAUGAUUGUUGUGAUUAUGAGCGAAAAAAUAAAUAAAUAAAGUACAUUCAUAGGUAAUGUUGAGAUUACUAGAA